AUGCUAUCAACGAUCGACAUGAUCCUCAUUAUUACCCAGAGGAUCGGGUGUUGGAGUCUCCUCAAUCAUCAAAUCCGGCAGCCUCACACAAAUAGUCUGCAUGUAAACUCGUCCAAGAAAGGACGAUUUAUCAUCUAUUAUUAUUUUAAGGCGCGAUCUGGAGACCAGGGCAGCUCCGUUAUCGAUAUGUGCCACAAAUAUGAGUUUAAAAUCAAGCUUGAUGGGACAUUGCAAUUUAUUAAGGAAAAGGUUGUCGCUGAGAGUAAGGUUCAAAAAGCCGCUUGGGACAAACAUCCAUCUCUCACCCGAAAACUCACGCCUAUUGGCGAACCUUCUAGAAAGAUAAAUGUUGUUGAGAGCGAACCUCUGCUAACUGAGAGCGAGGAAGAAGGCUGGAAGGAAGCGGAUAAAAUCGGGGAGGAACAUAUGAAGAAGGAGGUGAUGGUGUUGGAGCGGGAGAUCAAAGAAUGGAAGAAGGGGAUGGAGGUGAAGGUGGCGGAGCCGGAGCUGGAGAAAGAAGGUCUGGAGGGGGGAAUGGUAAAUUGGGAAGAAGAGGGAAAGGGGGAUGUAAAGAAAAAAGAGGAAGAGGAAGGGAAGGGAAAGGAGGAGGAGAGGGGGGAAGAGUAA